CUAAUAUUAUUGUGUCAUUUUUAGCCGGUGGCGUUGGCAGCCGUGCCAGGGCGAACGAGGCGGCAGCAGGAGGCGCAGCUCCGGGCGGCCAGACGAGCCCAGUAGUGUGUUAGCCGGAGCCACGUGUGUGCUACUCGAGCAGUGAGCGUCGCCCUGCGCCUGGGAUGUGCUGGUGCAGGUGUAGUGUGAGCAGCCGAGCCGUCAGUAGUGAUCAGUGGUGGGCGGCCGUGCGCGUGGGCGGCCGGUGCGCGGUGCAGUGCAGUGCAGUGUGAGCGUGGCCGGGCCCAGCACCGGUGAUGGCGUGGCCCAGGUGCCCCGGCUAUUAUGGUUGAGAAUGUCCGCGGCCAGUGCGGGCGUGCGGCGGUGACCAGGGUGGCCAGCAGUCGAGUGGAGUUGCGUGCUUGCCGUGUGCUUGCCUGUCGCGGCGUACACGUGGUGGGCGUAAGUCCCUGCGCCGCGCCCGCCCCCUGUCCCGCCCAUUAUGGACUCUGUGUGCCCGUGGUCGUGACUCUCACCGACGAAGCAAAUGGACUUGGGACUGUACAGCCUGAUGAAGAGGCAAUCUUGAAAAUAGUGGAAGCAAACCGUAGAAAAUUUGCAGCAAAAAGAAACUCUGACUCAGCAAACCAGGAAGACAUUCGUGUGCCAGAGUUGGUGGAGGUGUCGUCGGUGUCGUCACCCCGACCAUCAGCUGCCGCCGUCGCUGCAGCACACGUUAAGUCAGCAGAGCAGCCCUCAGGGGUGGAUGUAGAAGACAUCGUGGAGGCCGUGGAGCGGUGGGUACGCGGGCCGGGAGAGGAGGAGGAAGUCGAAAGUGCCCAGCAAAGAGAGGCUCGUCAGUACAAGGAGUUGGUGGGCACGCUGGCCGAACUGGCUGCAGAGAAGCGGGCAGGGCGCGUGGCCCCUGGCCCGGAGCCGCCCACGGGGGCGCCACGUCACCAUGAGACGGUCCAACUGUUUUCUGAGCUCAUGCAGACCGACGACGUCUCGACUAUAGCGGCGCAGAUCGCUAACCAAGCGGAGCUGAUCUACCAGACUUGGAAGACAACUGGCCUAAACCCCACCGAGCUUAUCCGUUACCACAGCGUCAAUACAGAAAGCAGCCCUUUGCCCAGGGGUGAGCAGGCAUCUGACGGGGAGCAGAGCCCCAGCAGCGGGCCACCAUCAGCCGUGGCCAAGCCUCGCACGCCCGUCAGAAACAUCAGCCCAGCACCUCCUGGCUCCUCGCCUGCAGUACCAAGGAAGUUCAUUGAACCAGCAUUGCACAACGGCCGACCGCACGCCUCCUCCCCGGUGCGUAGCCUCAACACCUCCCCGCGGCCUUACAUCCCGCCGGGCACCUCGCCGCACUCCCCGAGCGGCCAGCCCCAGCCGCCGCCUGUGUUCCCCAGCAGCAACGGCGGCCCGUCCCCACACCAGUCCCCGCGCCAGGUGUUCUCCUCCGCAUCCCCCGCACCCACACAGACUCAGGGCAGCCCUCGGCCCUACGCAACAUCGCCCUCUCCCCAGUCUCCCCGUGGUUCCAUCACUUACCCGCCUCCGCCUCCAGAGAGAUCGUCUUCUUAUCCUGGCGUUGACCCUACUCAGCAGCAGGACAGUCCCUACAACAUCCUGGCAGACCCCGACCUCGGGACGUCUCUCCAGGAUCUAGUCAAUUCCUUUGUGUUAGAGGACAAGGCGCGUCACCACGCCGCCACCGUCGCCGCCCUGGCGUCCCAACGCCCAAAAAGUGCGCCUUCCUCCAUCCAGGAGGCGCUGCAGAGGUUUGAGAGGCAGAUGGCCAUCACCUCUCGCUCUGCGGGUUUCGGACCCGAGCAUGCUGGCAGCCCCCCGCCCCCAAUAGGCACGAUGGGGCGCUUUGCUCAGAUGCAAAUGCAGCAACAGCAGAUGCAGCAGCAACAACAACAAAAACUGAGCUCCACCUUCGGCGGCAGCAGCAUGAGCAUGAGCAGCAGCAGCGUCACAAUCAACACCACUGGGCGCCGCUACGGCGGCGCGCUGAGCGACUCUUCGGUCCCGUCGGACUGGUCGCGGAUGCAGAUGGAGCACGACAGCCGGAGUCGUCGCUCUGCCUCCCCGAACCCGCCAGUCUCGCAGCCCGGCUGGAACGAGACUUCGCCGCCCAACACCUCCACGUGGCCGCUCAAGAACAAACAGCCGGCCGUCGUGGAGAGAAAAGCGACCAAGCAGAGCGUCUCCGGCAUGACGUCGUCCCCAGGCCCCUCGUCGUCCUUCUCGUCCAGCAGCAGCAGCAGCAACGUCACCACGUCCACCAACUACAUCACGACGCUGGAGGCGCGAGUGGAGAGUUCUGGCCACAAGAGUUCGAGCGUGCCGCUGCGACACAAGGUUGUGACCAUGUCCGCUGUGGACCAGGAGGAGGAGCGACUCAUGCACGCCCUCCGCACCGGCACACUCAUCGACGACGGGGAACACUUGCGGCCCCUUAGCCAGGCCAGGCCCGCUGCAACGCCCUCCUUGGUCAGCCCGCCCCAGACGUCCCCCGUCAACAACACUGUCAUCACCAGCGCCGCCCCCUCCGAAGCCUCCCAACUCUCCCCGACCUCCCGAAAGCCCAAGUACUCCAUCAGCGUCACCGUUGACGUGGACAAACCCAUCGAGGUAACUCACCAAGGGACUCACCAGCAACACCACCUGCAGCAGAAGAUACACCAACAGCAGGUGCAGCACCAGCAACUGCAGCAGCAGUUGCUUCAGCAACAAAAGCUACAGUUCCAGCAUCAGAAGCAGCAGCAGCAGCACCAGCAACAGGUAAUCAAGGUGGGCAGCGUGCGCACGGCCAUCAAGCCCGGCAAGGAGGUGGACAUGUCCGUCGUGGACUUCGCCAAGGUGCGCUACCAAGAGUCUCAGCAACACCCGCACUCCUCGCAGCGCCUCGACGACCACCGCAGCAUGAUGACCAAGCAGAUCAUCAACGGGGACGGCCGCGUCAUGAUGGCCAGGACGCGCUUCGAGAACGGCAGCGCCUCCCUCCCGGACAGCAUCUGGCGGGGCUCGCUGGGCAUCCAGGCGGACGAGGUGGGCUCCACCCUGCCGGAGUUUUACCGCCGCAAGCUGCGCAAGAUGAGGAAGGCCGGGUCUCCCGAGCCCUCGCUGGUGGGCAGCAUCUCGGCGCUGCCGCACCCCGAGCUGACGGACCAGCAGAAGGCGCACAUCAGGGAGCGGUCACAGUCCCCUACCGCCGGGUACAACAGCGCCGGGGUGGCCAUCCGGCCCUUCCUCACCCAGGGCAGCGUGGCCGAGCGGGUGCUCAUCUUCGAGCGUGCCCCGGCUGAGAUGAAGCCAAAGCCCGGGGCGCCCCUCACCGCCGCCCCCGCCCCGGAAAAGCGCCGCCCCGCCAUCAACACGUGGCGCGAACCAGACGAGGUCCGCACCCUGGCCCAGGAAGGCUUGCAGUCCGCCGCGUCGGCCGCCUCGCCGCCCUCACCCGCCCGCCACCCCGAGCCGCCCGUGUCCGCCGCCCAGGACGCCGCCAAGCCUUCGGUAAGCCACAAACAGCCGCUCCGUCCACCUCCUGAGUCUACCUACGUACGAGAGAGCAGUGCAGCACAGAAGGAAAAUGCCCGGCCUCUUCCAUCCUCUGGGGGCAGCUCCCCAGUGUCCCCGCUGUCCCCCACCCCUACCAUCACCAGCCUGCCUUCCACAAGCCCCAAUGCCACCUCCCCCACAUCCCUCUCUUCAAGCCUCCAGCAGAACGCUCACCCUGCCUCCCCCAGCUCUCCACUGGGUCUACCAGGAUCUCCUGCCUCUCCCAUGCACUCGGCAAGGCUUCCUAACACUUUACGCCGUCACACAAAGUCCACCAAGAACCUCCUUAUACCCAGAUUCUACUACCCCAUGGGGCGGCCAUCCACCCAGGUGACACAGGAGCAGAUGCUGACCAGGGUGGCAGCAGUGUUCCGAGAGCAGGGAGGGCAGGUGGCGCGGGAAAACAUGGACCCACUCAUGCGUGCCUGCAGCCUUCCCCUCUACUGGAAGGCCCCACUGUUUGUCGCCGCCGGCGGGGAUAAGCUUGGCUACCUCACACAAGAACAGUUUACAGAUUACUGGAGCAGAGUGAUCUCGACCUGCCAUGACAUGGCAUCUCGGUUUGUGCGCGUCCUGAGUCGUGGUGUGCGGAACUACCUCCUGCCUGAAGACUUCCUGAGCAUGAUCCAAGAUGUGGUGGACACUCACCCAGGACUCACCUUCCUCAAAGAGGCCACUGAGUUCCACUCCAGAUAUGUGCACACAGUCAUAGCAAGAAUAUACUAUUGUGUAAAUAGAUCCUGGUCGGGUAGAAUAAACUUACCAGAAUUAAGGAGAUCCAACUUAUUGCAGGUAAUUAGCUACUUAGAGGAAGAAGAGGAUAUUAACCAAAUUACAGACUACUUCAGUUAUGAACACUUCUAUGUCAUUUACUGCAAGUUCUGGGAAUUGGAUACUGACCAUGACUUGUUCAUAGACAAGCAUGAUCUGGCCAAACACAACGAGCGGGCUCUCUCAUGGCGUAUGAUUGAUCGAAUAUUCAGUGGAGCCGUGACGCGAGGCCGCCUACAAAAGCAGGACCGCAUGGGCUACCAAGAGUUUGUGUGGUUCCUUAUUUCUGAGGAAGACAAACGCCACCCAACGGCCAUAGAAUAUUGGUUCAGGUGUAUGGAUCUGGACGGGGAUGGCUAUUUGUCCAUGUAUGAGCUGGAGUACUUCUACGAGGAGCAGCUGCAGCGCAUGGAGGCCCUGGGCAUAGAGACCCUUCCUUUCCAUGACUGCCUCUGCCAGAUGCUGGAUAUGGUUCGACCAGAAGAAAAUGAUAAAAUAUCACUCAGGGAUUUAAAGAAGUGUCGAAUGACUCCUAUCUUCUUCGAUACUUUCUUCAACCUGGAGAAGUAUCUUGACCAUGAACAGCGAGAUCCCUUCGCCUCACACCGGGCAGAGGAUGACGGGCCUGAGGUGUCAGACUGGGAUCGUUAUGCUGCUGAGGAGUACGAGCUGCUGGUGGCUGAGGAGGGCGGAGCCGACCACCAGGAUGACAUGUUUUAUGGAGAUGAAGAUGAGCUGUCAAUGGGCUGCGAGGACGCCCUAGACUCUACUCCCAGUGGCGGGCGGGGUGGCCUGGGAGGCGUGGGCAAUGGUGGGUCUCUCAACAAGCACUCGCCACUCUCUGCCACAGUCACCAACCUUGCUGCGGACCCAAUGGAUGUGGAUGAUGACUAUCCAGAUUAUGCUGACUCGGAUGACUACCAGUACUAAGAUAACUCCCCAUGGAAUAAAUAACUCAUAAUGAAGCAAAGGUUUUAGUUUCAUUAUUAUAGUGCUAUACCAGGAGUAUUCCUUUUCUGUAAUAUUUAAUGUUGUAGCUGUUCCCUUCACACUGUUGCUUGUUUGGAUGAAAAGGCAAAGCUUUAAAACUAAUUAGUUAUAUUUCUGAUGCAACAGUUAAGUAAAUUUCUGGAAAGAAUUGGGGAUUUGACAGCACAGUAGCAUAAUUUUGUUUUGUUUUGUUUUAAGGAGGGACACUCGUACUUUGCUCUAUGAAUACGAAUUAUGUUACACCUUUGACAGGUCUUAAUUCAAAACUGUUUUGUGCCAAAAUAAUUUGGUAAUAUUCAUUUAUUUUUAAAGUCUGUGCACAUUAUAUAUUGUAUAUCUUGUAUAGAACAUAGGUUGAAGAAAGAAUUAUAACUGAUUUUAUAGCUAAAUAACAGAUUGUCUACAGAAGUAUCUGCAUCUAAAUUACAUGAAUCUCAGAGCUACUGCAAAUUAUAAGAAAAUUAUUUCAAUUCUAGUUCCUAUUAAUAUGAUUACCCUACAUGUUGUUAUACAUUGAAGAUAAUCUGUUAAGCAUUGUGUGAUCAUUCCUUGAACCUUGUACUUUAAAAAAGAACCCCAAAGAGCACCUCCCUCUCUUCUUAUGUGCCAAGGAGUCACCGAGACCCCGUGAAGUGAUGUCGACCUCAGACGAGACUGUUGGAUAUGUAGCUCCCUACAUACACACACUUCUUGUUCAGCAUGUAAAUGUCAGAAGCCUUGAACCAAAGACUUUCCGAAAAGUGAAUGGAUAAUCGGAAUGGACAUUACUAAUGCGGACUAGAUAAAUAUAUGUAAAUUGUUUUUGCUUCACCUACAUGGGCCUUAUACUGUUGUGUAUCUAUAUCUUGAAAUGAGAUAAUAGCAUAUAGUGAAAUGUAUAUAAUUGCAAGAAUGGACAACAACAAAUACAAAUACUGAGAUAGGCUUCCAUGUACCAUUUGACAAUACUAUCUGAUACUUAUCUCCAAAUACUGUGAUGUACCAUCCAUAGUGCAGUGUUUCAACCAAUGUCAGUGCAUUAUAAACUUCCUCCAAGUUUCCUCAUAGUAUUUGUAUGAAACUUUUGUGUGGGGAAUGUGAAUAUGAACGUGUUUGUAUAAACUUCAAGAAAUGAGAAUAAUUCAGUGCUUUAAUUGAAUUGCCUUAUGAAAGUGGUUUACCAUAAAAGUGAGAUGAGGUAUCCUUCAUGAUGUCAUUUACCUCGUAAGUUUUGUCUUCCUCGUCAUCCACAUAAUUCAGUCCCUCCAUAAAGUGCCUCCCUCUCUUCCUGACAAUUUGAAGUGAAUUCAGGCAGUUUGUGGCUGUGAUGUAAUUGACUGCAUCUUGCUUCCCUUGUCAUCAUGCUAUUAGAACUUUUUCUUUUUCUCCCUUGAAUGUCUUGUUUAGACAAUUUGAUGCACUGUAGGCAAUGAUGCUCUUGUCUUUUGAGUUUUUUCUGCAGUCACCGUUAUUUCAUUGAUCACCUGCCUGAUAAAGAGGCUGAGCCAUUUGGCCCAGUAAGUGGAUGCACUGACCCACCGUACGUUUGUGAAGUUGACAGCUCUGGUAGUUGGAUUUUAUCUCAAUGUAUGACAUAAUUUGUGCUCCAAGAAACCUUCUUUCUGCCCGGUGCAGAAAGAUACCAAUGUUGAGAUGUUUCCUGUGAAACUUUCAUAUAGUACUCUUAUAAAUGAAAUAGUGAUUAAUUUUGCUUUAUUUGUUUAUAUAAUUUUUUGUUUUGAGCACAGAAGGUAGGUGAGAACCAUCCAUCCACAAAUAUGUAAUGAGUAGUACAUAAUGACAAUGUUUGAUAAACAAUGUUCUGAACCAAAAUCCAUUUUAAAUAUUUAU